AUGGGAAGCGCAAGUGCACCCAUGGCGAAACCUACCCACUGCUUCGAGUUUCAGAUCAAUGGGCAGAAGUACUCCUUCGACACGGUGAAGAGCGAUGUAGAGAAGCACUCUCUACCACCCUAUCAGGGCUUCAUGGUCAUCCCAGGUCCAGUGAACGUACCCCUUCAAGAACAGGACGAGGUGUGCGACUUCACAAUCUACCAAGUGGACAAACCAGAUGAGAGGAAGAUCUUCCCAUCUUUGAGAGCCACUGAGUUGCUGCGGAAGCUGAAUACACCGCACAAGGCCGGAACCAGGCCAUCCGGCGAGACCUACGAGGAGUGGGCCGAAUGGGAGAAGACGUCGCGAACCAGCAUUCAGUUCACGGCCUUCGACAUCAGCGCACGAGAUGUGCCUGGCAGCAGCUUUUUCACGAGGUGA